GCCGCCCGCGCCGUAUUUAAUACACUAGUAGUAUUUAUAAAACAUUUUUCUUUAGAUACAUGUUUUAUUAUCACCCGAACUUGGGAAGGAACAUGAAGCCGUUGUUUAUUUUACAACUUUUAUUUAUUUAUUCACCAAGCGUACUCAGCGAAGGACUAUUUUUCCGAAAUGAUUACUUAUACAAUGAGGAUGUUGAGGGUUUUAUAAAAUACCAUGAAAUACCAGUCAAUUGGCACGAUGCCUGGCUAAGAUGUUAUUUUGAAGAUGCCAUACUAGCUUCUCCUAUAAAUUACAAAAUGGCAAUUAUAAUGACAAACAUGAUCAAUCUGUGUAGAACAAAUCAUGUUGGUAUAUUCACUGGUAUCCAUUCCAUGUUUUCCAAAGGCAACUACCGUUCCGUAGAAGGCAUACCUCUAAGUAAAAUCACUCACAAAUGGGAACAAACGGAACCCAAUAACCGGAACGAUUCGGAAAACUGCAUUGUUAUGCGAGCGAGUGGCGGUUUCACUGACGUAAACUGCAAAGACACGUAUCCUUAUAUCUGCUAUAAGAAAGCUAGCACGGUUAAAAGCAUGAACAACAAUUGUGGAACUACAGAUGACCAAUAUUUAGACUACGUUUCUAGAACAGGCAGUUGCUAUAAGGUACAUUCAGUUAGUCGAAAUUGGACGCGAGCUUAUAUGGCUUGUGAAGCCGAAGGAGCCCAUCUAAUUAUCUUAAACAGUGAAACUGAAGCCCAGGUGGUUAAUGAAAUGUUACAAAAAUAUGAGUUAUUGGAAAGACGUGUGGUAUUUGCCGGUUAUCACGAUUUUGAAGAACGUGGAGAGUUUUUAACGGUACACGGACAAACUGUAGAAGAAGCAGGCUACGCCAAAUUCGCGCAGAGUCAUUUCCAUAAUGGUGUUUACCAGUCAUGUGGUAGUCUGUUGGAAUCGGUUGAAUUGUUUGAGAUGGAGUGCAACAAAACAUUAAUUUUCAUUUGUGAAAAGAAUCCCGAAACACUCGUUAAGGAUGAAGUUGUUGAAUCUUGUCGUCCUAGUUUUUGAUUUAC